AUGGACUCUCUUCCCCAACCGCAAAACCAGUCAUCUCCGGCGAAAAUACUCCUCGGAAAAUACGAGCUGGGUCGCCGUCUCGGCAGCGGAAGCUUCGCGAAAGUCCAUUUAGCUCGUUCCAUCGAAACCAAGAACGAGCUCGUGGCCGUUAAAAUCAUCGACAAGAAGAGAACAAUCGAAUCCAACAUGGAGCCAAGGAUCAUCCGGGAGAUAGACGCGAUGCGUCGUCUCCGCGACCAUCCCAACAUCCUCAAGAUCCACGAAGUCAUGGCCACCAAAUCCAAAAUCUACCUCGUCAUGGAACUCGCCGUCGGCGGAGAGCUUUUCUCCAAACUCCUCCGCCGCGGCCGUCUUCCCGAAUCCACCGCGCGCCGCUACUUCCAGCAACUCGCCUCCGCGCUGCGAUUCUCACACCUCCACGGCGUCGCUCACCGCGAUGUGAAGCCGCAGAAUCUCCUCUUAGACAGGGAAGGGAACCUCAAGGUCUCGGACUUCGGUUUAUCCGCUCUGCCGGAGCAUCUCCGAGACGGAUUGCUCCACACGGCGUGCGGUACGCCGGCUUACACGGCUCCGGAGGUUAUUUCGCGGCGAGGAUACGACGGGGGGAAGGCUGACGCGUGGUCUUGUGGAGUGAUACUCUACGUUCUCCUCGUUGGUUACGUUCCGUUCGAUGAUUCGAACAUUGCUUUGAUGUAUAGGAAGAUUCAACGGAGAGAGUAUCGUUUCCCGAGCUGGAUCUCGAAGCAAGCGAGAUCGGUUAUUUAUCAGAUGCUUGAUCCCAAUCCUGAGACGAGGAUGAGUGUAGAGUCUGUUAUGGAAACCGCCUGGUUCAAUAAAUCCUUAGCCGGUCCUGAAUCGGAUUGUGACAUCCGAGAACCGGAACCGGUUAUUGAGAAAUCGGGUUUGAUUACCGCUUUUGAUCUUAUCUCGCUUUCCUCGGGGUUAGAUCUCUCCGGAUUGUUUGAGGUUAAGAGAAAGAGAGAGAGGAGGUUCACGGCGAAAGUCUCCGCCGUGGAAGUAGAGGAGAAAGCGAAGGCGAUUGGGGAGAAGUUAGGUUAUGAAGUGAAGAAGAAGAAGAAGACGAAGAUAGUUGGAUUAGGAAGAGGAAGAACGGAGAUAGUUUUGGAAGCGGUGGAGUUAGCCGCGAACGUUGUGGUGGUUGAAGUGAAAGUAGUCGAUGGAGAUGAAGAAGACUCACGGUGGUCCGAUUUGAUUACAGAGCUUGGAGAUAUAGUUCUCUCAUGGCACAGUGACGUCAUGUAA